AUGUCGGUGCUGCUUUGUUACCUCAGAGGGUUGAGGCCGUCUCUUCACAUUGUUACGAAGAGAUUGUGGAAGACAUUGCCUGCGGUGACCCUGAAUUUGCGCCCUUAUCAGACUCAGCAGGAUGACAAGUCCAAACCUAUCAGCCGUUACCCCAUUCCCUACAAGAAGGACUUACCUUUUGACAUUUUAGAGCUCAUGGAAGAGAUUGAAAUGAAGACAGGAUUUUUACCAAAUAUAUUUAAAGUGUUAUCUUACCGUCCAUUGGAAUUCAGAGCCUUCUUUGCUUAUUAUGAUGUCAUCUGCAACAAAAAAACAGGCCAACUCAGCAGAGCUGACAAGGAACUCAUCAUUGUCGUGACCAGCCUAGCCAAUAGAUGCCCCUACAACGUGGCUUGCCACAGUGCCCGGUACAGGGUCUACUCAAAGAACCCAGUGCUCUCUGACCAGGUAUCUGUGAACUGGAGAAAGUCUGACCUCUCUGCUCGGGAAAAAGCAAUGCUGGAAUUCGCACUUGCUGUUUCCCAAGCAGAUGACAUAACAGAUGACCAUUUCAAAAAACUCGAAGCACACGGAUUCAAUCAAGAAGAUGCCUGGGACAUAGCUGCAAUUUCAGCUUUUUAUGCCAUGUCCAACCGCCUUGCUAAUUUUGUCAAUCUUGUUCCCAACAAAGAAUUCUAUUUCAUAGGCAGAACCAGUGAGGUAAAAGAUGUGAAGAGUAAGCCUGCUUCUACCCAAGUCUAA